CUUCCCAGUCCAAAAUGAUCCUAUAAACAAAAAAUGAGCUCACCACCAAAAUAUAAGGAAAGAAGGAGUUCUAGUGGACCCAUAGAUGUACCAGCCCUUUAUUCAGUGUUCAAUGGGGAGGUAGCAGCAUUACAACCCUAUGGAGCUUUUAUUAAAAUUCCAGGCUACAGAAAGCAAGGUCUGGUGCAUAAGUCACAGAUGUCUAAAGCUAGGGUGGAGGACCCUUCAGAAAUGUUAGCUGUUGGAGAGAUGGUGUAUUGUAAAGUUGUGUCAGUAGAGGGAGAUAAGAUUGGACUGUCUAUGAAGGUUAUCAACCAAACCACUGGUAAAGAUGAGGAUGCAGAAAAUGUUCAACUUAGUUUGGAUGAAAGAAAAAAUAGGAAAGGAUUUCGGAGUGAGAGAGCAAAAAUAGAAUUGGGUGCUGUCUUUGAUACAACAUGCAAGAAGUGUGGUGGCCAUGGACAUUUGGCUCAAGACUGUUUCCAUGCAAAAGGAGGCAAGGCGUAUGAACUAAUUCCAGAAGAUGAAGUUAUUUCACCUAGUAAAGAAACAGAUACUUCAUCUAGCAGGAAAAGAAAAAAGAAAGAAAAGAAAGAAAAAAAAGCAAAGAAAUCUAAGAAACAUCGCCAUAGUGAUUCCUUAUCAGAAGAUGAAACAGAAAAAUCUCAUAAAAAGAAACAUAAAAAACACCAUCAUCAUAAACAUGAAAAGAAGAGUCGGCAUAACAACAGCAGUUCAAGUAGUGACGGAUGAAUAUUUUACCAAAAACAUUUAUACUAUUAUAUGUACUGAUUCUUAUAUGAAAUAAUGAUUUGUAGUAAUGUCAGCUUAUGUUGAUAACAUGCUGUAUCUGUGUUUAGACAAUUCAGUUAACUUGCAUGUUUUUUUUCUCUAUUGAGAAUUUUGCAUUUUAGUAUUGUUUGUCCUUUGAUUAAACUAUCAACAUUAAGUUGAGAUAUAAAAAUAACAUAAUGCAUUGAGUUUUUUAUAAGGACAUGAUUUUGGUACAAGUAUUUGUGUAGUAUGAAUUUGGAAAUAAUGUGGGUGUGUACAAGAGGAAAGGUUCAAGGAAGGAUUCAUAAAAUCACCUUUUUUUCAUU